AUGAGGGUUCGGGGAACAGAUGAAUUGGUGGGAGGAUUUAAUCCAAAAUCAUGGAUUCCAGGAGGGAAUUCAUAUGAAUAUUCGGAAGAUAGCUUUUUGUUUGCAUUUAGAGGGCCCAAUAUAUCUAGAGGAGAAAUGGAUGCAAAAAACGUCAUAUUAAGUAGAGUGGAACAUCCCACUCAUGCAUUAUAUCAGAGUGCGAAUAAUGGUUUGACAUUCGGUGGUGGAGACUUGGAAAUGUACGGAGAAUAUUUUAACGAGGAGAGUAAAAUUUACAGCAAUAAGUACGAGUACGAGAAGUGCAUUAGGAAGGUUGGCGGUAAAUUCACGAUUGAUGAAUAUGAA